CAGUGGCGUCCGGAGUCCAAGAGCACCUGUGAGUUCACGGAAGUCUUGCCAGGCUCUAGCCCGGCCCAACCAGACCCCCGCCUCCCUCAGCCCCGGUCCGGGCCGCCAUGGGCCCUCGGUGCUGCAGCCUCUUCGCACUCCUGCUGCUGCUACAGGUUUCGGCGUGGCUCUGUGAGGAGCCGGAGCCCUGCCGUCCUGGCUUUGGGGCGGAGAGCUACGUGUUCACGGUUACCCGGCGGCACUUGGAGAGAGGUCACGUCCUGGGCAGAGUGAGCUUUGAAGGAUGCACUGGUCGACCAAGGACAGCCUAUUUUUCUGAAGACACCCGAUUCAAAGUGGCCACAGAUGGUGUGGUUACGGUCAGAUGGCCUGUACAACUUCAUAAUCCAGAGACCAGCUUUCUUGUCCAUGCCUGGGACUCCACCCGCAGAAAGCUUUCCACCAAAGUGACACUGAAGGUCACUGGGCACCACCGACACCACCAACAGCAUCAUGACUCUCUCUCUGGACCCCAGACAGAAGUGCUCAUGUUUCCCGACUUCCAUCAUGGGGGUCUCCGAAGACAGAAGAGAGACUGGGUUAUCCCUCCUAUUAGCUGCCCAGAAAAUGAAAAAGGCCCAUUUCCUAAAAACCUGGUUCGGAUCAAAUCUAGCAGGGACAAAGAAAUUGAGGUUUUCUACAGCAUCACUGGUGAAGGAGCUGAUAGACCUCCUGUCGGUGUGUUCGUUAUUGAAAGAAAAACAGGAUGGCUGAAGGUGACGCGGCCUCUGGAUAGAGAACAAAUUUCCAAUUACACUCUCUUGUCUCAUGCUGUGUCAUCAAAUGGAGAUGCAGUCGAAGACCCAAUGGAGAUUGUGAUUACCGUGACAGAUCAGAACGACAAUAAGCCCGUAUUCACCCAGGCUGUCUUUCAAGGGUCUGUCAUGGAAGGCGCUGUCCCAGGAACCUCAGUGAUGCAGGUCACAGCCACAGACGCGGAUGACGAUGUGAACACCUACAAUGCUGCCAUCGUUUAUACCAUUGAAAACCAGGAGCCUACCUUGCCUCAUGACAACAUGUUCACCAUCAACCGGGACACAGGAGUCAUUAGUGUGGUCACCAGUGGGCUGGAUCGAGAGAGUGUUCCCAAGUAUACCCUGGUGGUUAAAGCUACUGACCUUCAAGGUUUGGGCCUGAGUACAUCAGCAACAGCUAUGAUUACAGUCACGGACAACAACGACAACCCUCCCAUCUUCAACCCGACAAUGUACGAAGGUACGGUUCCUGAGAAUAAGGCCAAUGCUGAUAUCACCAGGCUCAAAGUGACUGAUGCUGAUGUCCCUGACACCCCAGCGUGGAAGGCCAAGUACAACAUAUUAAAUGAUAAUGAGAAGCAAUUUGUUGUCAUCACAGAUCCAGUAACGAAUGAAGGCAUUCUGAGAACAGCUAAGGGCUUAGAUUUUGAGGCCAAGCAGCAGUACAUUCUAUAUGUGACAGCUGAGAAUGAGGUCCCCUUUGUGGUCAGUCUUUCCACCUCCACAGCCACAGUGACUGUGGAUGUGAUAGAUGUGAAUGAAGCCCCCAUCUUCAUGCCUCCUAUCAAGAGAGUGGAAGUGCCCGAAGACUUUGGUGUGGGCCAGGAGAUCACGUCCUACACUGCCCAGGAUCCAGACAAGUUUAUGCAACAGAAGAUAACGUAUCGAAUUUGGAGGGAUACUGCCAACUGGCUGGAGAUUAAUCCGGACACUGGGGCCAUUUCCACUCGGGCUGAGUUGGACAGAGAGGACUUGGAGCAUGUGAAGAACAGCACAUACACGGCCCUCAUUAUUGCUACUGACGAUGGCUCUCUACCUGCUACUGGUACUGGAACCUUUAUUCUGAUCCUCUCUGAUGUGAAUGACAAUGCCCCCAUACCAGACCCUCGAAGUAUGGACUUCUGCCAGGUGGACCCACAGCCUCAUACCAUAUACAUCAUUGAUCCAGACCUUCCCCCCAAUACUUCUCCCUUCACAGCGGAACUAAUGUAUGGGGCAAGUGUCAACUGGUCCAUCGAGUACAAAGAUGCAGCCCGAGAGUCUCUUCUUUUGAUGCCAAAGGUUCGUUUAGAGCUGGGUGACUACAAAGUACAUCUCAAGCUCACGGAUAACCAGAAUAAAGACCAGGUGACCACCUUAGAUGUCUUUAUGUGUGACUGCGAAGGGGCCGUCAACACCUGUAAGAGACAUAUGCCAAUUGCUAACGCAGGAUUGCCAGUUUCUGCUGUUUUGGGGAUUCUCGGAGGAAUCCUUGCUUUGCUAAUCCUGAUUCUGCUGCUCCUGCUAUUUCUUCGGAGGAGAAGAGUGGUCAAAGAGCCCUUACUGGCCCCUGAGGAUGACACUCGGGACAACGUUUAUUACUAUGAUGAAGAAGGAGGUGGAGAAGAGGACCAGGACUUUGACUUGAGCCAGUUGCACAGGGGCCUGGAUGCUCGACCUGAAGUGAUUCGCAAUGAUGUGGCACCUACCCUCAUGAGUGUGCCCCAGUAUCGUCCCCGCCCCGCCAAUCCUGAUGAAAUUGGAAAUUUUAUUGAUGAAAACCUGAAGGCGGCUGAUAGCGACCCCACUGCUCCCCCUUAUGACUCUCUGCUUGUGUUUGACUAUGAAGGAAGCGGUUCUGAAGCUGCUAGUCUGAGCUCUCUGAACUCCUCAGAGUCAGACCAAGACCAGGACUAUGACUACUUGAACGAAUGGGGCAAUCGCUUCAAGAAGCUGGCAGAUAUGUAUGGAGGCGGUGAGGACGACUAGGGCCUCAAGAAAGAUGGGGAGAACGGUCCAUCCCUAUACCCAUGUGAUGGGACACACAGAAGUCAUGUCACUGUUGGUUUUCAGCUCCUUUCAUUUGAGAGAGACCGUAAUCAGCCAUGCAGUUAGUAUAGUUAUGAUAUCGAAUUUAUUGAUCUAAUCUGUGUAUGUUAAAAAGGUGUUCACUUGUCUCCUGAAUCCUUUUUUCUUUCAUCACUCUUUACAUGGUGAUGAUGUUUUCAAGGCCAUCGAAUAUUAAUAUUUCAAAAGAAUAGCUUCAGCCUCAGGAUCCUGCCAACACCUUACAGAUCUCCUUAGGUGCUCUGUCUCAUUUUAAGAAGGAAGGAGGGGUCAACCGCCCUAUUUCUGCUGUUUUGUGUGUGUAUAUAUAUAUAUAUAUAUUUUUUUUUUAAUUUGUGUGCUUUUCCGCCAUCAUUCACUGCACUUGUGCCCCAUGUUCUAAUAUCCACUCUCACUCCUUCUGAAUUCUGUUGUAUCACCCCAGACAGGAGUUCUCUAAUGUAGAAAUUACCGAACCCUUUUAGGGUAAGAGGCUUGUGUCUUACUCUGGCCAUAUCUCGGCUGGUAUUGUGUACUAUUAAGACCUUUAACGGUUUUCCUUUUUUUAUCUCCUGAGUAUGUAACUUGAAACAGGCACCUAUCCAUUUACUUGUUUUGAGUAGGAAUCUUUGUUAUGUGAAUAUGGGACACUUUGCUUCUAAUCAGGGAGCCUUGAUCAGAAAACUUGGGGAGUUUUCAGGUGUCACUUAAUUUUUAAUGUAUGUUUAUCACCGAAACAAAACAGUGAUAUGUUUUGAGACUUAGAAUAGUGCCGAAAGUGCUGCAGCCAAAAACAGAAGACGGCUAGGUGUACAGCAGAGGGGAAGUAUGGAACAAGGGCUUGGAGGUGCGAAGAGAGGUCUUCAUUGAACCUGACAGUUUAUUAGACUGAUGCUGAGGAUAAUUGAGGUGGGUGUACCUCUAUCGACGAAAAUUCUGGAGGAAUCUCAACAUGUGUUUCUUACCAGGAUCCUUAUACUAUGGUAUCGGAAGCACAGAAUUCCCAAGUGCCUGCUUUUGGUAGUAUCUACAGAAAAUGCUGGCUUCUCUGGAUACCUUUGCCCCAGAUUUGAAGUGUGCAUAGAAAACGGAGAAUAUAUAAAAUCCAAAUUUUUUCUUAGGAGCAAAAAGAAAAUAACUGCCCUAAAGGAUUAAGCAAGAGGGCCUGGGGGUAGGGUAGGGGUUUUGAUUUGGAUCUUCUUGUAGUCAGAAGGAAUUUUAGGGAACUUUUGGCAACCACAGGAAAGAGUUAUCUAAAUUGCUUUACUGUCUGUCAUCUGUUUUUAAAAGAAAACAAUUAUCUCUGCAAUCACUUCUUGGAAUUGCCUUGAUUUUUCUGCAGUUUAAACUAUCUAAUGUAAUUCUCGGUAGAGAAUGUCACUAUACUUUUGUUUGAGUGUUUGUGGGUGCUGAUAAUUUUGUAUUUUCUUUGGGGGUGGAAAAGGAACACUAUUCAAGCUGAGAGAAGUAUUCUUAGAAAUGCAUUUUUAUAAAUUUUAUUAAAGAAAUUUGUUAAAUUGUCAAACUGUCUUAUUUCAUUACACUACAGUAAGCUCAGUCAAAACAUGCAGAAAGAAGCUUCAUACUGAAAUGAUUUCCCCGGAACUUUGUGACAUUCUAUUGGAGGCAGAGUGGGGGAAAUUAAGUUCAUGAGCAUAUCCAUCCAUGUGACAUGUGGUGAAACCAAUAAAAAGCCCACGUCAAUGGGAUACUACUAUGGGCAGAAGCAAAGCUCCAAACAACAUCCAUACAGUUAGCAAAAUUAGUACAGGUUGUGAGGAUUAGCAUAAGUCAGUGGUUCUCUGCCAGGGAAGAUUAUAUUCCCGUGCCCCCUCCCCACAAGGGACGUUAGGUAAUUUCUGGAGAUAGUUUUUUUUUUUUUUGAUUGUCACAACUAGUGGAGUGCUACUGGCAUCUAGUCAA